AGGAAGUGCAUUAUAUGGAAAAUUUAGAGCAACAAAAUAGUGAAUGUAAAUCAUUUAAACAAUGUAUUGUUACUUUUUUUUGACAUAAAACAAUUUGGAUGCAUACAGUGCAGUCCAUUAGAAACUGAUACAAUUAAAUUGGCUAAUAUACGUUAAGGACCUUGCGCGAGAACUCCAGUUUCUGUCAAUGCAGGCAUGCUAGCUAGCUAACUUGCUAGUUUAGCUGAACAGUGAUGGCAGCAAAUACCGAAAAGACAUUCAAGUUUGUGGUCGUCGGUGGUGGCAUUGCAGGUGUAACGUGUGCUGAGCAGCUGGCCUCCCAGUUCCCAUCAGCUGAUGUUGCUCUCCUGACAGCAGCCCCUCUGAUUAAGGCAGUCUGCAACUUCAAACAGGUAUCUAAGACGCUGGAGGAGUUUGAUGUGGAGGAGAGGCCCUCCAGUGUUCUAGAGGAAAAGUACCCCAACCUGAGAGUCAUCCAGUCUGCAGUGAAGGCCCUUCAUGCACAACAACAUACUUUGCAGACCGUGGAUGGUCUGGAGAUCCACUAUGAGAAGCUGUGUAUCUGUAGCGGGGGCAGACCCAAACUCCUUACCCAGGAUAACCCCUAUGUGCUGGGGAUACGAGACACAGACAGUGCCCAGGAGUUUCAGAAGCGGUUAUCCAAAGCCAAGCGAAUUGUAGUCGUUGGAAAUGGAGGGAUUGCCUUGGAACUAGUGUAUGAGGUGGAAGGUUGUGAGGUGAUCUGGGCAGUGAAAGACAAGGCCAUAGGAAACACCUUCUUUGACGCGGGAGCAGCCCAGUUCCUGAUCCCCUCCCUGGACACAGACAAACCAGAGCGAGCUGUUACCUGUAAGAGGGCUCGCUACACCAUAGAGGGGCCUGCAGCUACGCAGGGCCUUGCUGUAGGUGGAGGUGGCGACAGACAAGGCCAGAGAAGAGGGUUGGAAGAGCCAGGCAGUGCCCUGGGACCAGACUGGCAUGAAGGCAUCAGUCUGAGAGGAGCAGAGGAGGUGUCUCACAGGGUGUCAGUGGAGUACCAGUCUGAGGUGAAACAGAUCUACACUCACCAGGACUUCCUGCUGUCACCACUUGCCUCACAGACACCAGACACUGGCUCUUGGCCAGUGUACGCUCAGCUGACCAAUGGGAAGACUUUUGGCUGUGACUUCAUCGUCAGUGCCACAGGAGUUGUGCCAAACACCGAACCUUUUCUCCAUGGAAACAGCUUUGCGUUAGCUGAGGACUCUGGGCUGAAAGUGGAUGACCACAUGAUGACAUCAGAACCAGACAUUUACGCUGCUGGAGACGUAUGCACAGCAGGCUGGGAGCCAAGCCACCUCUGGCAGCAGAUGCGUCUGUGGACGCAGGCCCGUCAGAUGGGCUGGUACGCAGGGCGAUGUAUGGCUGCUGAUGUCCUGUCUGAAACCAUAGAGCUGGACUUCUGCUUUGAACUCUUCUCUCACAUUACAAAGUUCUUCAACUACAAGGUGGUUCUGCUGGGGAAGUUUAACGGCCAGGGUCUGGGUCUGAACCAGGAGUUGUUGGUGCGCUGCACUAAGGGCCAUGAGUACGUCAAGGUAGUGCUGAGCGGAGGGAGGAUGUUGGGAGCAGUCCUUAUUGGAGAGACUGACCUGGAAGAGACCUUUGAGAACCUCAUCCUCAACCAGAUGGACCUAACACCCUACGGAGAAGAGCUACUCAACCCCAACAUAGACAUAGAGGACUACUUUGACUGAGCGUGUGUGUCUAGCUAACACCCUAUAGAGGGUUACUACUCAACCCCGACAUAGACAUAGAGGACUACUUUGACUGAGCGUGUGUGUCUAGCUAACACCCUAUAGAGGGUUACUACUCAACCCCGACAUAGACAUAGAGGACUACUUUGACUGAGCGUGUGUGUCUAGCUAACACCCUAUAGAGGGUUACUACUCAACCCCGACAUAGACUACUUUGACUGAGGGGUCAAGAACUUCCUCGUAAAUCAAUACUAAACUGGAUGUCUGCUUUAGCCCUGUUUAUAUCUGGUGCUAACACGUCCUGAUCUUGCCCACAUUUUUAGACCGGUGUAGACGAUUAAAAAAAAAACUGAUUGUGAUCAGAUCUUCCUGACCACCUCCGGAGGUAGUCAGGGACACAUUGUAUCUGGAUAGUGUAAACAGAUCUGGAUUAUCAAACCAUUUAAAUUGUCCCUCUAAAAUCAUUGACAGGUGGCACUAUUGACCUAAUGUGUCAGUAUUUGUUUUAACAUAAAACAUGGUUGUUUUGAAACUAUAUCUGUCAAAUAAUUUGCAUACAGGGAGGGACCAGGUCAUCUGGUAACAAUGCAGACACAGUGGAUAGAUAGUCUUGUUCCCACUGCAGCCCUUAAUGCUCAAAUCAGUUCUUUUUUUCAAAUUCAUUUUGGAACACUGACUGUCCAAACAGUGACCUAAUCGGAUGUGUGUGUUCAGACAGCAGUCAUUUGCUAACAUGGCUACGCUAGCUGUCAUAGUAACAACAGAUGUGUGCGCAGUGGUGUAGGCUGAUUGGUGCUGGUGGUUCCUAUCCCUCAGAAGUUAUGUACUGUAUGUAGCAAGCUAAAGUGAUAACAAUGCCUGCCAUGGACAUUUCCCAGUUGCUUUGAAUGUUCAAAAUCAUAGUGUAAGGACAGCCAUUUAGCUUUCUAGCACAGUCACUCGUUUGUAAACAAUUAACAAGCUAGUUAGCUACCACAUGUUCUUGUCAAACUGUCAGAGUAGCGAGGAAGCAACACGAUAUGCCAAAUGACUAAAAACCACUUGAGGGCAAAUAAAUCAGAUUUGACCGUUCAAACAAGUCGCAUAUGGCCAGGAAUUAGAUUUAUCUUAUUUAAAAUCACCUUUGAAGGUGGUUUGAAAUAUCAGAUUCCAUGUGCUUUUUGGCUGUUCAGACUGCAAGAAAAACAGAUUAAAAUCUGAUAUGCAUAUAUUUUUUGUCACUUUAAAUUGCCAAUGUGACAUUAAAAUACCAUGUGUAGUUGCUGCAAAUGUGUAGACUAGUGAUGCAGUGGUCAGCUGUUUGUUCACCAGCACUUGCUAAUAACCCAUCCGCAACCACCCGACUAUGUGAUAGUGAAAAUAUGAGGCCCACAGCCGACUAACCUGCAAAAAAUGCGCCUUAGUUCCCUUUUUGCCUCAGUGGAUCGAUGUUAACUUUUUCUGCCCAAGUUACCAAAGCAUGUGUAACUUGGCACGUGUACAGUUAGGCCCACGCACUAAAUCCAGAUAAAAAUAAUGAAAGAUAAAUCUCAAUGUAGCUAUAGAUAUGAAUUGCACAACAAUUAUCAAUUUCUGGAUUUUUUUAAUGCAUUGUUUUCUCUUUAUUCACGCAACCCACUCCCCCAUCAUCCACACUAUUUCGUGACCCUAAACCCGGAUAUAACAGCAGAUUGCAGGUUAUGAGUCAACCCGCGUGUGUGUGUGAUCCUUGUGUAGACGCUAAUAGUGAUCGGAUCAUCUUGAUUUGAUCACGAAAACCACAUGUUAAUGCAAGGUGUAACCAAGGCUAUAAAUAUACCUUUGUUGAGAAAGGGCAUUGGCAAGUUUAGAACCUGACGUUCUGGUCCCUAUCCCAGUGCCUAGUCUAUUGCGCAAGCAAUUGGGAGGGCACAACUCAUUUUUUUUUUUUUACAUAUAUAAAGCUGUUCAGUCAGGUAGAAUUGUGAUUAGUAAGGUUGGAAAACAAAAGCUGCAUUGGCAUUCCAACUGGCAACAUUGUGUGUUGCAAACCGAGUUUAACGCCCUCGAACCUACUUCCCUAAAGAAGGCUUUUCUUUAUUUGACUCUCACCUGUACACUCCACCCUUUGACCUGUCCAUUGAGCUUUCAUCCAACCAAUCAAUUCGUCCCCGAGUACCUCUGGAAAAUCUGAUGACAAUCAGUUCUUUUAAUCGUCUAAACAUGUGGACAAGAUCAGGACACGUGUUAGCACCAGGUAUAAACGGGGCUCUUGACUGAAUCCUGCAGGGUGAAGAACAGAUUUGCGUAUCAAUAUCAAACCUUGAGUUAACAUUGUUUUCAAGAAAAGGGUUAUUAUUAGUAAUCUGCAAUACACUGUUAAAAAAAACUUCUGUGGUGAAUUGAACCAACAUAGUUAAUAAAAAUCAAUGCAAGUCAUUUUACCAAA